CUUUUUGUUGUUAACCCUACCUACAUAGAAACUCGAAUGGGUGUCAUAAAAUAGUAAAUAGUAGUGUCAAACAUUUUUUUUUCACUCACCCGACUAUUAUUGUUGUCUUUUAUCUUAAUUAUUAAAUUUAAUAUAUUUAUAUACAUCUGAAAAUAUUAUUUCAAUUAUUUAAAUAAUGGAUUUAUCAAAAAUGCCUCAUGAUAAAAAAUUGCACUUAUGUAAAUGGUAUUUUAGAGUUGGUUUUGCAGCAUUACCAUUCGUUUGGGCAGUAAAUACAAUAUGGUUUUUUAGAGAAGCAUUUCUUGCUCCACAUUAUGAAGAACAAAAACAAAUUCGAAAAUAUGUCAUAUUCUCUGGAGUUGGGGCAUUAAUAUGGGCAGCUGUACUUUUAUCAUGGGUAAUUGUUUUCCAAACACAACGAGCAGCUUGGGGUGAAUUUGCUGAUUCUAUAAGUUAUAUUAUACCAGAAGGAAUCCCGUGAUAAAAUAAUUAUUAAAUCAAUUAAACAACAACAAAUUGAUUUUGUCAAAAAAUCAUGUAUUUACUAUACCACGUAUUUAUAAUUUAUAAUUAAUUUUAAAAAUACAUUUUUAUCAUUCAUAGAA